AUGUGCCUAAAUGCAUCGCCUUGUAGCGCCGCUAUAACCGUAGCAUCUUAUGUGAAUCCACCAGUUACGCAGAACCGAUGUUCCACUGGAUUCCCACUUCCGGUUAGACCAACCGCUUCAUCUGCUCUUUUUUCUUCAUUAUUUGGUACAUCAUCAACAUUUCAACAGCAACAGCAGUUACUGCAACAACCCCAAAAUCUAAGUCAAAUUAGCAGCAAUCGAACUCCUGAAACAUUAGCCAUUUUCUCUGAAUUAAAUGCUGUGCAGGAGUCGGCAUUAAAUUCAAAUGCUACCUGCUAUCCUCUACUACCAUCUCUGGAAAGUUUAAUACCGCUGACAUUACUUCAGUUGGAUCAACAAGUUUCCAAUUCAAUGUUCACUUCUCAGGCAUCACCUGCUUCUGCCACUUCCGCAUUGACCUCUAAUCAUAAAACGGCGGAAGCAAAAAGUUUUCAACAACAAACAAAAUGGGUCGCUCCCAUUAGACAUCCCUUAGCUUCAGCGCGUCUUCAUAGGCAACUUUCGAUCAUUGAAAAUAAUUCUAAUAGUUCAACGGGAACAGGCAUGAAGCGACCGUCGGAUUUUUCUAUUAAUCGCUUGCUUCGGAAGCAUUGCAAUGGAUCUACUAUAAAUAGACGUUGCGAUAUUCCUGCAUCUAGUCGACAUCAACCUGAUGAAAGAAGUGGCAAGGGUCGAAAACAACGAACUAUUUAUGGUGUUUCACAAACUAAAAUUCUCGAGAAAGCCUUUGAGGAGCAGCAGUAUAUGGUUGGAACAGAGCGCGAAAUGCUUGCUGAACGACUUGGAUUAUCGGAGGCGCAAGUUCGGGUGUGGUUCCAAAAUCGACGUAGCAAGUGGCGUAAACAACUACGAGCCAAUAUUUAUGUCCAAUAA